AUGUGUCGCUUGGUCCUUUCGCACACCUUCUUGGGCCUACCCGACCUCUUUACCACGUCAACAUCGCUGCACGCACAAGUUGCAGCCUACGUGGCGUGGCACUGGUGUACAAAUACGUUGUGCCUUUUUAUAGCCUUGGCUACACUGAAAGUGAUUAAAAGUACAAUUGAAGUUCAAUAUGCCUUUCUGCACAAAAAGCAAACGACAGUGUGGACAACACAAAAUAGAAUCUGCCGCCUUAUCAAAAUUUGGCGUCGGUUCUGA